AUGGCUGCUAGAUACACAGUUGAAAUGGUCCUACAGAUGCUGGAUGAUGGAGAGGCAGUAACGGGGUUGGACUCAGAGUCUGAAAUUUCUGAUGAUCAGGACCCAGACUAUUGUCCAGGUGGCGGUGGCAGUCGUCCACCUGGAAAUCCAACUGAACAGGAUCAAUCUGACUCAGAAGAUUCCUCUUCGGUGUCCUCUGAAGAAGAAAAUAUCAUGUCCAACAGAAUGAGUCGGAAGGGCUCUUACUGGAGCGAGUUACCUCCCACCCAGGGUAGAACACAGAGCCACAAUAUCAUCAGAAGUCGGUCAGGGCCUGCAGAAGGGCUUAGCACCACUGUCUCACCAAAAGAUGCAUGGGAGCUCUUUAUCACUGAUGAUAUAAUACAAGAGGUGAUGAAGUGCACAAACUUGGUAGGACGGAGAGUAGCAACAGCUAGAAGAAAAGAAUGGACAAAUGUCACUAAAGAUGAAUUCAUGGCCUUCAUUGGAUUGACCCUGCUUGCAGGAAGUGAGAAGAACUGGGAUGUUUCAGUCCGUGACCUUUUUGGGAGUCCUCUACAUAAUCCCAUGUACAAGGCCACUAUGACUGUUGGAAGAUUUGAAGACAUUCGCCGUACCUUGCGCUUCGAUGAUAAGAGGACCAGAGCCUUCCGACUGGAAACAGACCAUAUGGCAGCCUUCCGCUAUGUAUGGGACCUGUUCCUGGUCAACUGCAGACAGCGAUUCAUCCCCAGUGAUUGUGUCACUGUGGACGAACAGCUUGUACCAUUCAGGGGUAGGUGCAAGUUCUUACAGUACAUGCCAAGCAAGCCCGCCAAGUACGGCCUAAAGAUCUUCUGGGUUUGUGAUGCACGCAUACCCUAUGCAAUAGAUGGUAUAGUUUACACAGGGAGACAACCAGGUGAAGAAGUUCAGAAGAAUCUGGGGGAAAACAUUGUCAAGCAGUUGUGUGGUAGAUUUAGAAACACAGGUCGCAACAUCACAAUGGAUAACUUUUUCACCAGUGUGCCUCUUGCACAGCAUCUUCUAAAGAAGGAUCUCACUAUUGUGGGAACUCUACGUCUGAACAAGCCAGACAUCCCUCCUCUGAUGAAGCCUUCCAAGUCCAGGGAGGUUCACAGCACAGAAUUUGCAUUCAACAACAGCCUUACCAUGGUUAGCUAUGUCAGAAAGAAAGCAAAAGCUGUUGUGCUCCUGAGCACGAUGCACCACGACAAAGUAGUGGAUGAAAAUAGCAGAAAGAAAAAAACAGAUGUGAUCACAUUUUACAACAAGACGAAAGGAGGUGUAGACACCACUGACCAGAUGGUUGGAACCUACACCUGCAAGCGCCAAACACAGAGGUGGCCCAUGGUGUUGUGGUACAACAUAAUUGACAUCGCCACCCUGAAUUCCUACACCUUUUUCACGGCUCAGCACCCAGAUUUCAAGAGCGGCAUCACCAAUGCACGACGGAUCUUCCUCAAAGAGCUGUCAAAGGAGCUUGUCACCCCACACAUGAGGAGUCGACUGGAAGGCUGCCCCCAACUGCAAACCCCGAUUAUUGAAGCAAUGGAAAGGUGUGGGGUGACAAAAGCCAAAAUCCAGCCACAGGACAGAAGCAGACAGGGUCAACCAAAGAGAAAGAGGUGUCAGAUCUGCCCAAGUAACAAAGAUCGCAAAGUUAACAACAGUUGUGGGAAAUGCAAUGUACCUGUGUGCAAUGAUCACAGCCAGAAACAGGUAGUUUGUCUGAACUGCAUACAAUGA